GAGGAGCUCGGCGAAAGCAACGUACGCCAUUAGAGGAAUCCAAGUUGUUCCCGCGGAGAAAACCGACGUGAAUAUCGCGAAGAUGCCGCUGAUUCCCGGAGGCUCGAUGAGGAGGAAGACGCUGUCCGAUAUCACCAAUGUUGCAGCGGGAGAUCGAGAAACUCCGAGGCCGGUUUUGUUUUCAAUAACUGAGGAUCGCAUUGAUCACCUGGUCAAAGAAAAUGCAGCUCUGUUGAGGCUUCUCGAAGAGAGAAACAAAACCAUCGAAUCGGGCGGCGUCGAGCUGCAGAAGCUUCGGCUAGCUCUGCAGAAGGCUCAUCAACAGAAUUGGCAUCUUGCUCAAGCUAACUCUCACAAGCUAGCUGAGCUACACUUGAGGAAAGAUAGAUUAAAAGCAUUGCGACAUGAGCUCGGAUGCGCUGCUGCUGCUGCUGCUCUCAGGGCAAAGAAAUUUCAGUCGGAGGAGGAAAAGAAAUUGCACAAGCACCCUGAGAACAACAUAAUAAGCAUUGAGGUCGAGGAACGAAUCAGCAAGCCAAUUCAUCUUGUUCCAGAUGAAUCAUGUCCCGCUAAUCACAAGAAGUAUCGCAAUAUGUGUAAAAAGCACAUGCUGAGUAGUCUAUCUUUGGGAUCCUCAGUGUCAGCGCGAAAGUCGAACGAAAAGGAAAAGCAUAACCUUAAAAGGCGGAGGUCGGUGACAAGGAGAUCAGGUAAUGUGAAAGUCGAACAAAGUGACCCGGCCGAAGACUUAUUUGAGAUAGAGGAUUUGAGACUUCCCAUCCGUUCGAUGCGCGUCGCCAACGUGCACGAGGACAAUUCUGGAGAAAUGGAUCAUGCCAGCUCAGGCAGCCCUGUUCUUGAUGUUGUAGUUAACCCUGUGAAGAAAGAAACAAGAGAGGCGGGUUGUUCGACAAAAAAGCAGAUUCAAGGAAGGUCACUUUGUCGAAGGAAGUACCUAUCAAUAUCAAAAUGAGUGAGAGAUGAGUUAGCUAAAAGUGGUCGAUCGACCAUGUUGAAGUUGUGACGCGACUCUUGAGCAAGAGAUUAAAAAGAGUCGAAAUCUAUCUAUCUCCGACUUGUUUCGUUUUAGGGUGCCCAGGUAGAAUUUAAGAUGCUGUGCUUCAAUUGUUAGCGAAUGAUCAACAAUAUUAAACA